GGCGGGGGCGGGGGCCCGGGGAACAAAGCGGGCGGCGGGGGUCGCGCCCGCCUGCCCCUCGCGGGGUUUCCGCCCCGAGGAGGCCGGGCCUGUCCGCGCCGAGGCCUGCGCCGGGAGUGGCCUCGCGCCCGCCUUCCCCCGCGGGCCUCUGGGGGGCGGCGGGAGGUCUCCCCGGCCCGGCCCUGCUGCCCGCGCCGCGGUACUGCCCGCAGCAGCUAGUCCCCUCCCGGCCCCGACGUUUCCGGAACGGACGCGGGAUCGCUCGGAGUCGGACUUGAAAAAGUUUUAGUGAUGGCCUUGGAGCGUGCAGAGGCCUGGGAACCCGUGGCCGGCUGCGAAUGUGGACGUUGGCCUGCAGCGAGCUUUAAAAGGCUGGCCUUCACAAUACCCGCUGCAGUCCCUGCUGGUCGGCUACCAGUGCAGCUGCCAUGACGAGCACACAUCGUACGGUGAGACGGGCGUCCCCGUGCCCCCUUUCGGAUGCACCUUCUCUUCAGCCCCCAAUAUGGAGCAUAUACUAGCAGUUGCCAAUGAGGAAGGUUUCGUCCGAUUAUAUAACACAGAAUCACAAUCCAGUAGAAAGAAGUGUAUCAAAGAGUGGAUGGCACACUGGAAUGCUGUCUUUGAUCUUGCCUGGGUUCCCGGAGAGUUUAAACUUGUCACUGCCGCAGGUGACCAGACAGCAAAGUUCUGGGACGUACGAGCCGGCGAGCUGAUGGGCACGUGCAAAGGCCACCAGUGCAGCCUCAAGUCAGUUGCCUUUUCGAAGUCUGAGAAAGCUGUGUUCUGUACCGGUGGACGAGACGGCAACAUCAUGGUCUGGGACACAAGAUGCAAUAAAAAAGAUGGAUUUUAUAGGCAAGUAAAUCAAAUCAGUGGUGCUCACAAUACUGGCGACAAGCAAACUCCAUCCAAACCUAAGAAGAAACAGAAUUCUAAAGGACUUGCUCCUUCUGUGGACUUCCAGCAGAGUGUGACUGUGGUUCUUUUUCAAGAUGAGAACACGUUAGUCUCUGCAGGUGCCGUGGAUGGCGUGAUCAAAAUAUGGGACCUGCGGAAGAAUUACACAGCUUACCGCCAGGAGCCCAUCGCGGCCAAGUGUUUCUUGUACCCGGGCAGCAGCACGCGGAAACUGGGGUACUCGAGCUUGGUUCUGGACUCCACAGGCUCCACUCUGUUUGCCAACUGCACCGAUGACAACAUCUACGUGUUUAAUAUGACGGGGCUGAAGGCUUCUCCAGUGGCUGUCUACAGUGGACACCAGAACUCUACCUUUUAUAUUAAAUCCAGCCUUAGUCCAGAUGAUCAGUUUUUAAUCAGUGGCUCGAGUGACGAAUCUGCCUACAUCUGGAAGGUCUCGGCGCCCUGGCUUCCACCCACUGUGCUCCAAGGCCACUCUCAAGAGGUCACAUCUGUGUGCUGGUGCCCCUCCGACUUCACAAAGAUCGCCACCUGCUCUGAUGACAAUACACUGAAGAUCUGGCGUCUGAACCGGGGCUUGGAGGAGAGAUCUGUGGACAAGGUCACCUUGGUGGGUUGGGCCUCUCAGAAGGAGAAGGAGGCGCGCUCGGAGCUGGCACCAGUGGCCAGUAGCCAGUGUACGCCUGCCAAGGCCCCCCGUGCGAGGAGCAGCCUGGCCCUUGGCUCCCCAUCCUCAGCCACGUGUGCGCCGAGCUGCACCGGGGCCCUGCCCCUCCCCUCCAGCACCCCUGCCUCGCUGAGGACGCCUCCUGCCAAGGUCCGCUCACCCGGAACCAGGAGGGGCUCUGCCUCCCCCAAGCCUCCUUCCUCCUUCAAAAUGUCUAUUCGCCACUGGAUGACCCAGACCCCUUCCUCAUCGCCAUCCAGCGAGCCCCAGCUCCUGUCCCCACGGAAGGCCCUCAUCCCUGUGAGCCUCAGGUCGGCCCAGGCAGCUGCCGCCUGUCCCGGCUCCCGCAGCCGUGUGAAGCGCAGGCUGGAUGCUGGGGGCACGGAGAGCACCAAGCAGAAGUGUGUGAGGGGCUGCACAUGCGUGACUGAGCUCGGCGUCCCGGCUGAGAAACUGCAGCUGGACAUGUGCUGCCUCGCCGGGGGUCCCGAGGAUGCAGGCAAGGACACCCUGGGGCCUGCCAAGACCGGCAAGACGGAGGGUGCCACUGGGAGCGUCUCCGAGCCUCCAUCACCCACCAGCCCCUGCACCGCAGAAACCUGUGCCACACUGCCUCUCGCCCUGGGCGCUUGCGGGGAAGGAUCUGGGGUGGUGGGCAAAGAGAACAGCUCCCCCGAGAACAAAAACUGGCUCCUGGCCAUGGCUGCCAAGCGGAAAGCUGAGACAUCUCCGCACAGCCCCUCGGCACAGACCCCCGGUGCCAGGAGACAAAGCGGAAAGACUCCCCCAGGCCCGGGCACCAUCACCCCUGGCUCCAUGAGGAAAAUCUGCACCUACUUCCACCGCAAGCCCCAGGAGGACUUUUGCAGCCCCGAGCGGUCCACGGAGCUGUGAUGGUGACGCGUUGGUCCUGGAGGCAGCCCUGAGUGGUCCACGGAGCUGUGAUAGCUGAGUGCCAGCCCGGAGGGAAGGUGCAGGCUGGCCCUUGUCACUGGGAAAUGGAGGCCCUGCUAUGGGGCCACAGCCCUCCUCAGAAGGCACUGUGCCACUCUGUCCCUCCUAGCUUGGGCAGAACAGAGUGUGCCAGGGCAUGGUGGGGGCUGGCCAGCUGCUGGGACCCCCAGCUGGUCCUGCAAGUGGCUUUUUACUGCACUCAAGAGGGGAAUCUAUAGAAACGUGCUCAGAUGAAUACAUUUUUAUUCAGUAUUAAAAUAAGUCUCCAGUUUAAAUCUCUAUUUUAAAGUCAGUGAGAAAUGUCCUAUGUUGGGGGCAAUUUUAUCAUUUCCCUGAGACCCAGCUCCCCAUCUUCCUGCGAGGCCACAUUAUACCUCAUUUCUGCAGGGGAGAUGUCAGGGAGCUCGGCCUCGGUGCUUGAGGGACUGCAGUCAAGUCAUGAGAUUCUUAGUUGUGAUUUUUUACUAGACAUUUUUGUAAAGAAGACACCUCUGGACCUAAAAUCCAGAGCCUGAAAGUCAGGGCUUUUUUAACAUGGUUUUGGGGUUCUCUAUUCAUGGGAGCACUGGCAGAGCCGCGCCUCAUGUUCCUGCCGCACUUGCAGAGCAGGCUGCAGCUUCUUGUAGCACGUAACCCACAUGUCUCGUCGCCCCUGUCGAGGCGGGAAGCCCACCUGGUCCUGCCGAGGACUCGCCUGGCCUCUGCUCAUGGGUGCAGGCUUGACCGCGGCUUUGUUGUCUUUUUCCAGCCCAUCCUUGGCAGCAGGUCUGAACUACCUGUGCUUCUCACUGCAGCCUGGAGGCGCGAGGACUGCCCGGGGUGGACUGCGGCCUCUCCAGGGUUUGUCCCGGGGGAAAGCCGAGGGAAACCAGAGAAUGCCCGUCUCUAGACGAGGCCCGGCCAGCGCUCUCCCACCUGUUGCCGUCCUUGUACUUGGUGGCAGCCUGGGGUCAGCUGCGGGCAGGUCACCAAGAAUUGGCUGCUCGCGAGCUGCAGUGUGAACCCAGCCCCGUCGGGAACCAGGACUUGGGGUGGUGGCCAAGGCCAGCUGUACAGCGACAGUGACUACCCUGCUUGUGUUCGUGUCCAGGAGACUCAGCUGCUCCUGCUAAUAAAGCUGCUACCUUCCCGGUGUCCUGAGCGUGCUGCACCAACCUGCAGUCCGUCCCGAAGGCUGUGUGCGAGCAGCCUGCCUGGCUGUGCCUGAAGAUGUGCUCUGGUCAGCCCAGGGAGCGCCAGUGUCCUCAGCCCGGCCUUUCCCGCUGUCACUGUGCAGCUGACCCAGGCUUGAUCCCCAGCACCAUGCAGGGUCCUGUGAGCACAGAGCUAGGAGUAAGCCCUGAGCGUCACAGGUACGACCAAAAAGAAAUCAAAGCCAGUAAGUUGGGGGAUUUUUCUAGGAACACACAGUGACUGGGCAGCAAAAGGGCCGGGUCCAAUGCAGAAGCCCAUGUGUGCGAGGAAGCCUGGGUCUCCGCUCCUCAGCCUGCAGGAAGCAUCUGAGUGCUCCUCCACCCUCGGAGUAUACUCUGCACCCAUGACAAGGGGCUGAAGGCAUGGCUGGGUUUACACCAGAGCCCCCAGCAGGGCUCGCACCGGCGCCCAGACAGACUGACAGUGGCUGGGCCGCGCCACAGUUGUCAGCUCUUUCUCAGGCUGGGUGGCAUCUUCUACCUCGUCUUUGAGUUGCAUGAUUCACAAGGUUCCUAAAGGCUCUUUGCCUUAGUGUGUUUGUGCUACAGUGGUGGUGUGGAGCUGGGGGUGGAACUCACAGUCUGGCUCCUGCAAGACUCGCCGCUGGGCGACACCCCCAGGGAAAGCUCAGGGUUCCUGAGUGUCAGGUGAGAGCUCCAGGGUCUGGGGAGUGGCAGCUCUCCAGGAACAGGCGAUGGGAGGGCGGCCAUGGGCCAGGGACGCCGCAUGCUUGAGGGGGAGAGGGGUCUGCCGUGGGAGACAGCGGGGGGAGGAGACUCGGCCACCCUCAUCCUCUGGAGGGGACACUACAGGGAGUGGGUCAGGCCUGUUCUAUUUCUGAAUCCAUGGGGUGUGGAGUAAGGGCUUGGAGCAGGCCGGCAUCUCCAAGGGCACAGGGGAAGGUGAGAAGUAGGUUUGGCACCUUUUUCUGGGUACUGUCUUUGGAGGCCUGGCCUCAGCAGAGCUCUCACUGUCCCUGCAGGCAGGAAGCGCUGAGCACUUCCUGCUGGGUACCAAACAAGCACCCUUGAGUUUCUAGUAUACAGCAAACCCAAGUAUCUUGGGAGUAGUCCCUGGAGAUGGCACAGGUCAUCUGCUGUGCCUGGGAAAAGGGGUCAGUUCCAGAUGGUCCUCGGGUCUCUCUCUGUCUCCCUGGGCCUUGGGCUUGGCCCUGUGCCUACCUUGCAGA